GCUUUGUUAUGGCGCCUUUCGCUCAAUAAGCCAUUUCCAUGGAGACGAUAUACUUUGUUCUCAAGGUGAAAUAGCGUGCUGGUUUGCACACCAGCAAGCUCGUAAUCAAACCAAACGUUACGAAGGCAGUUUACAGCUGCGGCUGGGAAGAUCUCAUGCCUAGUGCCUACUUCGCUAGCUGGCCACUCUAACUGUGGUGCGACACGAUUUUCCAUGGAUUCGAGUCGUGAGAACCAGCUGAGAAAACUGAAGUCGCUGAUACGAAGCAGUGAAGUGCAGUUAACAGCCGUACUAGAGAAAUUAAAAUGGUCGAAGGACGAGGUCCUUAAGAAGAAGGGAUAUGUCGUGUGCCCUCUAGAUCCAGGGCACACAAUGCCCGAGGCAUCGCUAAGCGCACACCUUGACCUGUGUGCUUGGCUCAAGGAGGGAUAUAGCAGACAAGAUAAGGAGGCUGCCCCACCAAGCUCACACUUCUUUUAUACAAAGUCCAAAUCAGUUGUUCCUGUGUUAAUAGACAGAGAAACCCAAAGCAAGAUAAUAACUGAUGCAGCAUUCAGAGGAGAUGUUCCAGCCGAAGUUUGCCAGAAGGUGAAGAAUGGCGUGCCACUGACGAUGGAGCGCUGCUUUUCGGAGCUCACUGCUGCGGAGAGGUUUGCAGUCUACAAUUACGUGGUCGAGCGAGCAAAAGCAACAAACAAGGCAUCUGCUGUGAAGCUUGAGGACCUUCAAGUCGACUUUGAAAAAAAGACCAACAAAGAUGAACAACAUCCACCCAGUGAUCUGGAGUUGAAGCGUCAGAUGCGAGACUACAAGCGUCGAAGGCAGUCUUAUCGCGCAAAAAAUGUCCACAUCACACAGAAGACAUACACGGAGAUCCUCAGAGAGGUGAUUGAAAAUCAGACAGAGUAUCUCAAACAACUUCAAACAGAAAAUGAUGAAGCAGCAGAGUCUUCACCAAGACCUGAAGAAAAGGAUGAUACCGAAAGGCAGCCACUGUCUCGUGCGUCAGAGUGGAAGGAUAGGAGAGAGUCAUCCGUGGUGUCAUCAAGGUCAUCCAAACGGAGGCGCAGUCGUAGCCCCGAUAAUAAAGAUGCCAGCAUAGAUAGGAGGCCUUCCGAUGAAGCCCACAGCAGACACAGGUCAACAGAGCGUCAUGAGCACAAGAAGCAUCAUCGGUCUCAUCACAAGAGUAGACACAAGCACAAACACAAAUCGAAAGACAUUGAAGCCACGGAGUAGCACCAUUGUUAUUUCUAGUGCUUGAAUAAAUUUGUAUUGCUCCAGCGA